GGUGCCACGCCCCUUCCGCCCGGUGCCACGGGCGGUGACAUCGCGGUACACGGGGGAACCGGGCCGAGCAGAGCGGGGGCACCACCGGUACCGCGGGAUCCCGGGGCAGGCCCGGAGCCGCCGCCAUGUCGUCCGCCUUCAGGAAAGCCGCCAAGUCGGGGCAGCGCCCGCACCGCGAGCGGGCACAGCCCGCCGCACGGCAGAAGCUGGGCCUGCUGGAGAAGAAGAAAGAUUACCGGCUCCGUGCCCGUGACUACCACAAGAAGCAGAAUGCCCUCAGAGCACUUCAGAAGAAAGCUCUGGACAAGAAUCCUGAUGAGUUCUACUUUAAAAUGAUACAUGCAGAGCUAAAGGAUGGAGUUCAUGUCAUAAAGCAGCCAAAGGAAGAAGUCACCCCUGAACAGGUGAAGUUGAUGAGGACACAGGAUAUCAAAUACAUGGAAAUGAAAAGGGUGGCAGAAGCAAAGAAAAUCGAGCGGCUGAAGUCAGAGCUCCAUCUCCUGGACGCGGAAGGGAAGAGCCCCAACAAGCACGUGUUCUUUUUUGAUACGAAAAAAGAAGUUCAGGAGUUUGACAUUGCCACUCACCUGGACACUGUUCCAGAGCUCGUCAGCAGAACCUACAACCGGCCGACCAUCGCAACGCUGCAGAAGGAGACACUGAAGGGAGCUACAAAUCCUGCCCAAUUAAAGAAAUUAGCCCAGCAAAGGAAGAAUCAGUACGACCUGCUGAAGCAGCGUAUUGACAGAGAAAAGGCCAUGUUUGUUGUGGCACAGAAGAUCCAGACACGGAAAGAUCUUUUGGACAAAACUCAUAAAGUAAAGGUGAAGAAAGAGACAAAAAAUGGUCCAGCUAUUUACAAAUUCAAAUUUCAGCGGAAACGUUAAGGAUCCCAUUAAGUAACUGUUACCAUGAGAAAGAAGGAGGAUUCUCUUUAUGAAGAAGGACUGAUAACAUGUUACCAGUUUGUUUUCCACUGCUGCCUAGCACUCUGUUAAAACAAAUUACUGUGGGCUUGCUGUAGCCAUAAAUAUAUCUAAUUAAUUGAUUAAUAAA